AUGAGUCCAAUUAAAACUACAAGUUACAAGCAAUUAGAUGUCGAUUAUUUAAUCGAAGAAUUAACUAUACCUGAAAAGAUUUCCUUGUUAGCUGGGAAAGAUUUUUGGCAUACAGUUCCAAUUCCAAGAUUAGGGGUUCCAUCAAUUAGAGUCUCAGAUGGUCCAAAUGGUAUUAGAGGAACUAAAUUUUUCAAUGGUGUUCCUUCAAAUUGUUUUCCAUGUGGUACUGGUUUAGCCGCUACUUUCAACAAGGAUUUGUUAGUUGAAGCUGGUGAAUUAAUGGGUAAAGAAGCCAAAAUGAAAGGAGCUUCCGUUAUCUUAGGUCCAACCUGUAAUAUUGUUCGUUCUCCAUUAGGAGGAAGAUCUUUUGAAAGUUACUCUGAAGAUCCACUUUUAUCUGGUAUUGCUGCUUCUAGUGUUGUCAAAGGUAUCCAAAAUGAAAAAGUUGUUGCAUGUCUUAAGCAUUUUGUUUGUAAUGAUCAAGAAGAUGAAAGAAAGAAUGUUGAUACUUUACUUACUGAUAGAGCUUUUAGAGAAGUUUACUUAAAGCCAUUCCAAAUUGCCAUCAGAGAUGUUAAUCCAAAGGCUUUAAUGACCUCUUAUAACAAGGUUAAUGGUGAACACGUUUCUCAAAGUACUGCUAUUUUGCAAGAUAUCUUAAGAAAGGAAUUCAAGUAUGAUGGUACAAUUAUGUCAGAUUGGUUUGGUACUUAUUCAAUUAAAGAAUCAUUAGAUGCAGGAUUAAAUUUAGAAAUGCCAGGUCCUACUAGAUUUAGACAAGCUAUUCAAACUCUUCACGCGGUUCAAGCAAAUCAAAUUAGUGAAUCUGUAAUUGAUGAAAAUGUCCGUUACGUUUUAAAUUUAGUUAAUGAAGGUUUAAAAGCAGAAAUUCCUGAUGAUGUUGUCGAAUCAGCUAAUGAAGAUCCAGCUGCUGGAGAAUUAUUAAGAAAAGUUGGAGAUGAAUCCAUUGUUUUAUUGAAAAAUGAAGGUAAUAUUUUACCUUUAUCAAAAUCUGCUGUUAAGGGGCAAGAAAAGAUUGCUGUUAUUGGUCCAAAUGUAAAAGCUGCCCAAGAUUCUGGUGGUGGUUCAGCUUCUUUAGCUGCUCGUUACAAGAUCACCCCUUGGGAAGGUAUUAAAAACAAAAUUGCAGAAGGUGGAAAUACCGUUACUUUAGACUACGCUUUAGGUGCAUUUUUAGAUAGAAACUUACCUGAUGUUGGAAGUAUUUUAAUUGCCGAAGAUGGAGAAGCUGGAAUUGAUGCAAGAUUUUACAAGCAUCCUCCUGGAUAUAAAGGUGAUAGAUUCUUACUUGAAACCUAUAAAUUAUCCACUUCUCAAAUUUUCCUUUCAGACUUUAAAAGUGAAAGAUUAGAACCAAAUGACAUUUUAUUUUAUGCUGACUUGACUGGUACCUUUGUUCCAGAUGAAACUGCUGAAUACGAAUUUGGUGCUUCUUGUUUGGGUACUGCUCAAGUUUUUGUUGACGAUGUUUUAGUUGCUGAUAAUAAAACUAAGCAAACCAAAGGUGAUGCAUUUUUCUUAGGUAUGGGUACUAGAGAAGAAAGAGGUUCUAUUCAAUUAGAAAAAGGAAAAUCUUAUAAUGUUAGAGUAGAAUUUGGUUCAGCUCCAACUUAUACUUUACCAGAUGGACCAGUCGAAGCAGGUGGUGUUUAUUUCGGUAUCCGGAUCAAGUCUCCAGCUGAGGUUGAAAUCAAUAAAGCUGUUGCAUUAGCUAAAACGGUUGAUAAAGUUGUUAUUGUUGCUGGUCUUUCAAAAGAAUGGGAAUCUGAAGGUUUUGAUAGACCAGAUAUGGAAAUUCCAGGUUACACAAAUCAAUUAAUUGAAGAAAUUGUCAAGGUCAAUCCUAAUGUGAUUGUUGUUAAUCAAUCAGGUUCUCCGGUUACAUUCCCUUGGUUAGAUAAAGUUCCUGCUUUAGUUCAUGCUUGGUUUGGUGGUAACGAAUUAGGAAACACAAUUGCUGAUGUUUUAUUCGGUGAUCACAAUCCUUCAGGUAAAUUAUCAAUGACCUUCCCAAAGAGAUUGCAAGAUAAUCCAUCCUACAUUAAUUUCGGUGCUACUAAUGGCCGUGUUUGGUAUGGUGAAGAUGUAUACGUUGGUUACAAAUAUUAUGAUAAAGUUGGUUUAGAACCACUCUUCCCAUUUGGGUAUGGUUUAUCUUACACCUCCUUCAAAUUUGAUGACUUGGUCGUCAAAUCAAAUGAAGAAAAUGUUAAUGUCACUGUUAAUGUUACUAAUACUGGUAAAUUAGAAGGUGCUGAAGUAGUUCAAAUCUAUAUUCAAGCUGAAAAUCCAAUAGUUAAUCGUCCUGUAAAAGAAUUAAAGGAUUUUGCCAAAGUUAAUUUAUUAGCUGGAGAAUCUAAAUCUGUGGAAUUAGAAUUCAGUAUUAAAGAAGCAACUUCAUACUGGAAUGGAUCUAAACACAGUUGGCAAUCUGACAAAGAUACCUACAAAGUCUUAGUUGGUACAAGUUCUGCUGACAUUGAGCUUGUAGGUACCUUUACCACUCACUCAACAUUCAACUGGACCGGUGUUUGA